AUGAAUGCGGUGUUGAAAGGAGAAGUAUUAAAACAAAGGCCUUUCGAUCCAAUCUUUUAUAACAGAGAUUUGUAUGUUUGGCAAUGGUUCCAGUUUGUUUAUCAAUCACAAUUACUAUUAGCUGAGAGGAAACAAAAACGGAAAGCUGAAACUCAUAAGACGAUUUCAUGUCAAGCGUGGAAAGAUACUGGUCGUUGUAAUUACGGGAAACACUGCAAAUUUGCGCAUGGCCCAGAAGAAUUGCGACCGAUGCCAAAGGCCGAAGUGAAAGUUUUCAACAAUCCUCGUUAUCGCACUGCAUUGUGUAUCAAAUACACAACAUUUGGUUACUGUCCUUACGGUGACCAAUGUCACUUCAUCCACGAUCCUGUACAAAUAGACUUAGAAAAGUGUUUGGAUUGGUUAUCGGGUUCUUCACUGCCGUCAUCACAACCUUCUUUGGAACAAACAAAUGGUUACUUGGAUGCUUCUUUUUCUCGAGCUGAACCAGAAAUCACGCAUUUGGAAAAGCGGAGAAAAAUAAGUCAGUCAGAUCUAACUUUGGAAUCACAAUGCUUGAAGACACAACCAGAAACAUGUCAAGAAUCAGAAUCCGUGCCACCGAUAAAAUCAAUGCCAGAAAACAAUACAGUUGAGGCGACGACAGUGCAUGACCCAUUUCGGAGUGGCAAAGUUUGCAAUGAAGAAAUUGAGCUUAAACCUUUACAAUUCAAUGUAUUCGAUGACUUUCUCCAUGUAAUUAAUCCCCAAAGUGUGCUUCCAAAGAAGCAGUAA